AUGUUAUCAGCAAGAUCUGUCGCAAGAGUCUCCAGAACUCGUGGUUUAGCAACCGUUGCUGGUUUAACCAGAGAUUCCAAGGUCCACAUGAACAACCAUGAAGACCACACCUUUAUCAACUACAAGCAAAACGUCAAGAAUUUGGACAUUGUCAAAUCCAGAUUGAACAGACCUCUGACUUAUGCUGAAAAGAUCUUGUACUCCCAUUUGGAUCAACCAGAAACCCAAGAUAUUGAAAGAGGUGUCUCUUACUUGAAGUUGAGACCAGACAGAGUUGCUUGUCAAGAUGCUACUGCUCAAAUGGCUAUUUUACAAUUUAUGUCUGCAGGUAUGCCAUCUGUUGCUACUCCAGCUACUGUCCAUUGUGACCAUUUGAUUCAAGCUCAAAAAUCCGGUCCAGAAGAUUUGGAAAGAGCAAUCAACUUGAACAAGGAAGUUUAUGACUUUUUAGGUUCUGCUUGUGCUAAAUACAACAUUGGUUUCUGGAAGCCAGGUUCCGGUAUUAUCCAUCAAAUUGUCCUUGAAAACUAUGCUUAUCCAGGUGCUCUUUUGAUUGGUACCGAUUCUCACACCCCUAAUGCAGGUGGUUUAGGUCAAUUGGCUAUUGGUGUUGGUGGUGCUGAUGCCGUUGAUGUCUUGGCUGGUUUCCCAUGGGAAUUAAAGGCUCCAAAGAUUAUUGGUGUCAAGUUGACCGGUAAGAUGUCUGGUUGGACUUCUCCAAAGGAUAUUAUCUUAAAGUUGGCUGGUAUUACUACCGUCAAGGGUGGUACCGGUGCAAUUGUUGAAUAUUUCGGUGAAGGUGUCAACACCUUCUCUUGUACUGGUAUGGCAACCAUUUGUAAUAUGGGUGCUGAAAUUGGUGCAACAACUUCUGUUUUCCCAUACAAUGAAUCCAUGGCUAAAUACUUGGAAGCAACUGAAAGAUCCGAAAUUGCAGAAUUUGCAAAAUUAUACCAAAAGGAUUUAUUAUCUGCUGAUGAAGGUGCUGAAUAUGACCAAGUUAUUGAAAUUGACUUGAACACCUUGGAACCUCAUGUUAAUGGUCCAUUCACCCCAGAUCUUGCUACUCCAGUCUCCAAGAUGAAGGAAGUUGCAGAAAAGAAUGGCUGGCCAUUAGAAGUUAAGGUUGGUUUAAUUGGUUCUUGUACCAACUCCUCCUAUGAAGAUAUGUCCAGAGCUGCUUCUAUUGUUGAAGAUGCAAAGGCUCAUGGUUUAAAGGCAAAGACCUUGUUCACUGUUACCCCAGGUUCUGAACAAGUUAGAGCAACCAUUGAAAGAGAUGGUUUCUUGAAGACUUUCCAAGAUUUUGGUGGUGCUGUUUUAGCUAACGCUUGUGGUCCAUGUAUUGGUCAAUGGGAUAGACAAGACAUCAAGAAGGGUGACAAGAACACCAUUGUCUCCUCUUUCAACAGAAAUUUCACUGCUAGAAACGAUGGUAACCCAGCAACUCACGCAUUCGUUGCAUCUCCAGAAAUGGUUACUGCUUAUGCAAUUGCAGGUGAUUUAAGAUUCAACCCAUUAACUGAUAAGUUAAAGGAUGCAAAUGGUAACGAAUUCUUAUUAAAGGCACCACACGGUGAAGGUUUACCAGCAAAGGGUUAUGAUGCAGGUGAAAACACCUACCAAGCACCACCAGCUGACAGAUCUGCUGUUGAAGUUCAAAUUUCUCCAGAAUCUGACAGAUUACAAAAGUUGACUCCAUUCAAGCCAUGGGAUGGUAAGGAUGCUCUUAACAUGCCAAUUUUAAUUAAAGCAUUUGGUAAGACUACCACCGACCAUAUCUCAAUGGCUGGUCCAUGGUUGAAAUACAGAGGUCAUUUACAAAACAUCUCUAACAACUAUAUGAUUGGUGCUAUCAACAUUGUUAACAAGAAGGCUAACACUGUUCAAAACCACUACACUGGUGAAUGGUCUGGUGUUCCAGACACUGCAGCUUGGUACAGAGACCAUGGCCACAAGUGGGUUGUCAUUGGUGACGAAAACUUUGGUGAAGGUUCCUCUAGAGAACACGCAGCUUUAGAACCAAGAUACUUGGGUGCAUUUGCAAUCAUCACCAAGUCCUUUGCAAGAAUUCACGAAACCAACUUGAAGAAGCAAGGUUUAUUGGCAUUGAACUUCAAGAACCCAGCAGACUAUGACAGAAUCAACCCAGACGAUGAAGUCGACAUUGUUGGUUUAUCCGAAUUUGCUCCAGGUAAGGAUGUUACUGCUAUCAUCAGACCAAAGAAUGGUGAACCAUGGAAGUUGACCUUGACCCACACCUUCAAUGACGAACAAAUUGAAUGGUUCAAGGCUGGUUCUGCAUUAAACAGAAUGAAGCAAUUACAAGCUGGAAAUUAA